UAUUGAUUCUAAUCUCUUUUUGUUUCUGAUUAUUUCUAAGUCCGAUUUUUUUUUUUUUUUUCAGUUUCAUCCCCAAGAUGAAGACCAGUCUACUAUAUUCAAGUCUUUUGCGAAAUUCGAAGCUUUACAAGAAUUCUUUUGUUAAUCUGUCCAUGGAAUUAACUACAAAAUCGAAGCAGUCGAGUGUACUACGGACGUUGCACACAAGUUGUUCGACACAAUUCCCCAAUGUUCAAAACUGGGUCACGUGUCUCUCACGUUAUAAAAAGAGCCAGCUUCUUUCGAUACAGUUUCUGUUAUUUCUGUUGAUUUUGUUUUCCCGCGCUUCACAGUUUCUUCUCUCUGAAGCAAGAAACCUAAAAAACCCAAAGAAAGCUUUUGAGAGUCGUGUACUAUGGAGUCUUCUUCUUCUUCUUUCACGAAAGGCAAACCCUACCAAGAUGCUAAAGAUCACAUCGCUAACGGAGAAUACAACAAGGCCAUGGAGAUACUUGAAGAUUUGGCUCGUGUCCAUUGGGAAGAUCAAGACGCGUGGCUCCUUCGUCUCAAACAAGGUGAAAUAUUCUUACGUCUAGCGAAACAAACAGAGGAACCUAAUGUGGAAUUGACUUACUUUUUGGGAACCCUAGAGUGCUACUCGUUAGAUGAUAGGCUAUUUUCACUCUGUGCAAAAUCACUCCACAAGUUGGCCAGGAUGCUUGGCUCGGUAUCGUAUUACAAGAAGUGUUUGAAAAAAGCAAAACUAGCUUUAUCUCUUACUCUCCCAGAUGACUACGGACUGUUGAGUGUAAUCAAAGAUGCAGAGUCCAAGAUCGCUUCUCCCGAGGCUCUAGUUGGUUCUAUUAUGGAAACAAAACCUGAACCGAAACUUUUGGAGUCAAAGAAGAGUUCAGCUCCACACCCACGUGAGGAUUUGGUUAAACGGUUGAGGACGUUUUGGCUGGGAUUGGAUGUUAAGGUGAAACGUGACUUUAUGAAAGUAAGCAUUGGAAAGCUUAAAAGUUUUGUUUUGGGGCAAGUUCUUGUGGAAAGUUCCAGAGAAGGAGGAGUUACUUUGGAGCAAGUUCUUGCUUCUGCAAGGAAGGACAUGAUAUGGACAUUCUGGGUGUGUUGUUCGAAUCACUUCUCUAGUGCUGAAGAUUGUAAGAAUCAUCUUGAACAAGAACAUGCUGCAGAUUUUGUGCCAAAGGAUAGAGUCCAGAGAAUAGGCAAGGACUGGACUCGUAAGAUUUCUGUUGGAGGUUGGGAACCAGUGGAUGCACUAGCUGCCGUUGAGAUGAUCAAGAAUGAGCUCGCGUAUGUGAAAUCGUUUGCAGCUAAAUGUAAGAAUGGAUGGUCUGAAGAAUGGCCUUUAGCUGAAGAUGAAGAGCGUCGUAAGUUACUCAAGGAAAUCAAAUUGAUCCUUGUGUCGCUUUCUGACCGUAAAACAUUCUCAUGUAGCGUUCGAGACUGGUUGAUGCGUUUUCCGGUUAAGCAUCUUGAAAAUUUUGAAAUUUCCAAACAGAGUCUUGUCGAUUCUCGCCUACUGGAAACACCUCAGAGUAUCUGUUUUCUGGAAUGUCAUGAACUCAAUCAUAUCCUGGAGUUUCUGAAUAACAUAAAGCGUGAAAGGGAUGAUGGUACAUAUCUGGUUUCCAGAGCUGUAGACAGUGUCUUAGGUCGAACUCGGGUUAAAGAAAAGAUCGACUUUGACCCUCAGUUUUCAUAUCUGCUUCUGGAUAGAAGACUGCUAAAAAGCAAUAAUACUCCGUUAAAUGAGGAUGCGACAAUCAAUGUUUUUGAUCCCAAUGUUCACUACGUCAAGGCACAUGUUCAGGGAGAUGAUAUCGUAUCUUGGUUAACUGACAACUAUUCAUUAGAUAAGACCUUUUUCAGAUCUAUCAGGGAAGACACUAUUGAUAUGUGGGUAGCAGUUCUUAGAGCUGUUCAGUUCACAUGUCGGAAUUUGGGAACCAAAUAUGCAAAGAAAGCACUGGUCUUUGAUUAUGAAGCAGCUCUUACUGUGAUCCAGAACAUAUGUAUGAGCGAAGAUGAACGGAGAAAGAAUCUGCAGGAAGAUCAGUGGAUCAGAUAUGCAUGUCUUCUAUGCGACAAGUGUGAAGAAAGAGUCCCUGAAGAUUCCCUCACUUCAAAACUAUUGUUGUGUGCAGUACGAGAUGUUUUGGAAGGAGCAUUGCAUCCAACAUUUGAUGCCCCCGAUUUAGAAGACUGCUUGAGUCUUAUACGUGAGCAGAAUAUUCUUAGUGACGAUAAAGUGUUGAAGUCCAUAGGACUUCUGAAAUCAAUGGUCACCCACAAGGUUCUUCUAAUCGAUGCAAAGAUUUUGUUGAUUGAUAAUUCAAGGAAAAGUUUGCUAAACAAUCUCGUCAGGCUUUGUGUUUAUGACAACCGCACCUAUAUCUUCCAACUGAUGAAACCCUUCUUACUGAAUGAGAUUUUAAAUAUGGAAUUCAAAGCCAAGGCAGAUGCAGUAGCAGUAGAUCUUUUACUCGAGGAGGAGAAGAAGAAGUCACAGUCAAAAAAAAAGAAUGAUAAAAAAAACAAGAGAACUUCAACGAGCAAGCCUUGCACCCAUGAUAAGACUGUUGAACGUAAGCCUUCUGUCAACCUUGAACCGGAAAGUACAUCUCCAUCGGUGGAAGAAGAUUCUAUGGAACAAGAAGAUGCUCUUGCAAGUGAGAGGGGUCGAUUGGAAAUUUCUUCUAAUAUUCAAAAUCAAGAGGAUGCUACUCAAGAUGACCCUGAUACAAACAUGCUUGGAGAAGAUUCGUUUUCGGCACAUUCGGGGUCAACACUUGAAGGUUCUGCAGCCAUAUGCAGUUCAGCUUUUGACAUGACGCUGAAGGCUCUCUUGAACAUUAAGGUUCUCAAAGUAGAUUUGAUGAACAAUAUGGAACCAUUUCAAGCCCAGUUGGAACCUCAAAUUCCUUCUUCACUACAAAAUGUAUUUACUGCUUUGGUGUCAGAGGAGAUAAAAAAUGAGGGAGUCUACAGUUGGCUAUUGAGCGACUUACUUACUUCUGUAGAAGAAGUUAUUUACAUGUCUAGUGAUGCUGCUAAGGUAGUUGUGGCCAUCCUUGAGUUUUGGAGUUGCUGGAAAAUUCCAGAAAGAGAAAGUAUGGUCACUCGCCUUUUCACGUUGGUGGGGAAUGAAAGAAUGAGUUGUCGAAAAUGCAGAAGGAUUACAAAUUAUCCAGAGCAAAGUUCUCCUGUUCUUGUUAUGGCUGCAGAUUCAAUCAGACAACUCAAGUGUGCUCUUGAGAGUAUAAAUUUUGUGGACAUACUUAGAGUGAUCUGCAUGGAAUAUCAAAAGUCAUGUGACAUUGAACAAGGAGGUUGUGGAGAGUCAAACUUUGUUCAUCACAUUAUAAGUAGAUGCCCACCUAUCUUCACAAUCGUGUUAGAAAGGAAGAAGAGUGAAACUGAAAAACAAAUAUCUGAAACAACAAAGGCUUUCGACUGUGAGAUGGAUAUCAGCAGGCUAUACGUAGGCUUAGAGCCAAACACUAACUACCGACUUGUAUCAAUGGUUGGUUGUGGUGAAGAUGAAGAACACAUUUGUGUAGCUUAUGAAAAUAACCGGUGGGUCAAUCUCAAACGAGAGUCUUUAGCAGGGGAGGAUGUUGGUGACUGGAAUGAUGUGAUCAGUUUCUUUGGAGAAAGGAAGGUUCAACCAGAGAUUCUGUUUUAUGAAGCUGUCCAAUCGAAGGCUUAGCAACUGUAUCAAUAUGGAAGAACCUAACAUUGAUGUUUGUAAA